UUAACUAUGUGGAGUCCAAAGAGCGCACCUACCAGCCCGUGACCCACGUCUUCCCCUCUUCCCUCCGCCUGGCAAAACUCCAGAAAGAUUAAAAAAAAAAAAAAAAGCUUUUAUCAGUUCUUGAUUUCACAGCCAGACUUAUAUGGGCCGUUGAUUAUUUGCUGCUUCUUCAUGACAUCUACUUGUUUGAUCUGCUUCUAGUUUUUGAGCGGUUGUUGAGUUAGGGGUUCGAGAAUUCAUGCGAGGUUUAGCAAAUGGAAAGACGGCCUAAGCAGCAUGGUGACAGAAAGAGAAUUGAGAAUGAAGAGCUUGUCAAAUACAUGUCAAGGUUGCCUAGUUAUCUAGAAAAGGGGAAAAAUAUACAGGACAAAGCUUUCAGUGUCGGCGUCCUAGAUUGGUGUUUUCUUGAAAAAUGGCGACACGAACAUGUAAAUGUACCUUUUAGAAGUAGUGUGUGUUCACCAUCAAGCAGCAAUACCUUGUCAGUUUCGUCAAUGGAGGGUUCUUCAUCCAAUUCUAGCAGAGGCCGGAGCUGCUCCCCUGCCCGUCGGAGAAUUCAUCAUCCUACAUCACAAUCUCAUUAUGGAUCUCCACCUAAAGGCACUCAUCCUGAUGUCAAAUCUGGAAGUGUCCGACACGUGCAGAACCUAAAACCUGGAGCAGUUAAAUCUCUGGAGAUUGAGGAGCAUGUCUGCAGGACAUAUCAGUGUUGUUUUCAUGAGAAUCAACAAAGAAAUCUGGUAGAACUCGCCAAAGAUCGAUACCCACAGAGGACUCCUCGUGUUAGGAGAUCACUUGAUUUAGAGUCUCGGACAAAAACACCAAGUUCCAAGGGGAAUAUGAUGAUCCAAUAUAGAGAAUAUUUACCAAAAGGAGAAAAUGACUUGGCCGAAUCCUGUCAUAGGAUUGAUGAUUUUGAUUUCAUAGAUAAACAUAAAUCAGUUGCCAGUCAAGUACCGGAACUUGGCCAAGAAACUAACCGCUGCACUACUUACUGCCCGCCUGAUUCAGUAGCGAGAAACCAGGAAGGGGUGAAACCAAGCAGACGGAGCUUUUCUUGUGGAUUUAUUUCUGCAUUCUACCAUGGACAGUUCUCUCCUGAUAUCCCUAGUUCCUGCCCCCUCCCUCAUGUAGCUGGUAAAUCGAACAUGGGACAAGCGAGUUCAAUAGAUGCAAAGGAUACUAGCUCUUCAUCUCAGACAGUUCUGCCUUCAGCAUAUUCUGGAAAAAAGGUUCCGAGCCCACCCAGAGUCAAUUACAAACAAGAGAAGAAGUCAACUGCCACGCCUAAGAAUCCAAUUGCCCCUAAUUCUUCAGAAACUAUAAAAGUCAGAAAUCCAUCUCCAACUCGUCGGUUUGGCAUGGCGAUAGGAAGGAUUGGCCAGAUUUCUGGUAUCAAACAUCCUGCAGAACAGUCUGUUUCAGAUAAAGCUCAAACAUCGUCCUCACAGGAGACAGGCUGUGACAAAUCAGACACCACUGGCCGAGCCAGGACUAGUCCUUUGAGGAGGUUGCUAGACCCACUGCUGAAGCCAAAGACGGGCAACUGUGAUAACGUUACUGGAUCGUCUGCGAAACGUGGUGAAUCUCCUACAAAACGCUCAUUGAAAGUCAAACUGGAUCUGAAGGGCUGUAGAUCUAUUGAUAUCGAUGAUCUGCAUUCCAAAGGUACACGUGUACCAUCAACAUUGCAAGCUCUCCUCCAAGUGGCUGUGAAGAAUGGCCUUCCUCUGUUCACAUUUGCAGUUGAUAAUGAAGUUGACAUUUUAGCAGCCACAAUGAAGAAAUUUAGUUCUAACUUGAAGGGAAAUAGUUCCUGGAUUUACACUUUCUUCACCAUUCAUGAGACAAAGAAAAAGAGUGGAAGUUGGUUAAAUCAAGUCGGAAAACACACUGGUCAUGGAAUUAUGCCUAACGUCGUUGGCAAGAUGAAGGUUUCUGAUGUACCAGUCUCCGAAUUGAACACACAGAAACUUGACUCACAGUUUAGGACUAAGGAGUUUGUUUUGUUUGCUACAGAUGCAAGGCAUCAGCCAAACGACGAGCUUGCAGCUAUUGUUGUCAAAUUGCCCAAUAGAAGUAACCAUCAGGAUCGUGGCUGCAACAAUAUUUCAGCCUCAGGUUUAACAUAUCCCUUUGAAGAUCUUAGCAUGACAGCUAUACUUCCGGGUGGUGCACAUAGCCUACCUAGUAAAGGGGAGCCCUCUUCACUGAUUGAGAGAUGGAAAUCAGGUGGAUCGUGUGAUUGUGGUGGAUGGGAUUUGGGUUGCCAAAUAAGAUUACUUGUCAAUCAUCGAACGAUAUCCAGUUGCCUGAAACCCGAACUUACUGCUGAAAGAUUUGAACUUUUAUCCCAGGGAGGAGAACAGGACAGCGCGCCAGUCUUUAGCUUGUCGCGGUUUAAGGAUGGGAUCUUUUCAGUUGAAUUCAGUUCGUCGAUGAAGCCUCUGCAGGCAUUCUCCAUUUGUAUAACAGUUUUAAAUAGUAGAAAUCAAGAAAUCUUCCAGGUGCAAACUUGAUUGCUGAAAAGUUCUUGUUAAGUAAAUCAAUAUAUUGCUAGAAGAUCUAGGUGGAGUUUCCUGCUAUUUGAUGGAAAGGUCUAAACUUGCUUCCAUUAUUCUCGUCUGUCCUGGCCUGACUGGACAGGGUUACUUGAUAUAUUUUACUUGCGGGAGGUGGCAGGUAUCUCGUGGAUUUAGUUGAGGUGCAUGAAAGCUGGUCCGCACACCACUGUUUCCAAAAAAGAAAAACUUGCUACCAAGCAUAUGGUGAAACAUCAAACCCAAGGGUCUAUAGUUCUUUUUUAAAACUAUAGCUAAGCUUGUAGAAUGUCAAUCCAUGAUUGAUAAAUUGACAUGUCGUGGCUUUAAAUAUGUGAUCUUAUUAUAUGUAAUUAUGUGUACAUGUAAUAAAGGUUAUAGUCAUAAGCGUCUCUAAGUUUGUCCUUAUAUUUUUCUA